AUGCCCGACUUACUUCUUCCACCCCUUUACCCGCCACUCAACCCCUCUGGUGCUGGCGGCUGCGCUGGGGCUGGUUCCUGGUGCUGGCGGCUGGCGCUGGGGCUGGUUCCUGGAGCUGGCGGCUGGCGCUGGGGCUGGUUCCUGGUACUGGCGGCUGGCGCUGGGGCUGGUUCCUGGUACUGGCGGCUGGCGCUGGGGCUGGUUCCUGGUGCUGGCGGCUGGCGCUGGGGCUGGUUCCUGGUGCUGGCGGCUGGCGCUGGGGCUGGUUCCUGGUGCUGGCGGCUGGCGCUGGCGGCUGGCCCUGGUGCUGGUCCUGGUGCUGGCGGCUGGCCCUGCAUUCCGCCGCCACUCCCUUCCCCCUUUUCUACUCCCCCCCACAGCGUUCCGCCGCCAAUCCCUUCCCCUCCUCCCUCUCCCACCCACAGCGACCGCCGCUGCACACGCGAACAGUCGCGACGGGGUGGGUGA